AGCUGCCAGUCCUGCAUGGAGGUCAGACAUCUUUUAGAGUGAAACUGAGAUUGAUCACAGCUGCACAGAAUCCCAGUGAUUUCAUUUAAGAUUUAAGAAAAAUAAGAAGGAGCUACAGAGCAUAUCUGGUGCCACAGGAAACUGAACCAAUCAGAGAUGGAGCUUCUGACAACCGCCCUCGUCAUCGUUCUUCUGUCUACAACAGUCUCCGCGAGACCCACCGGUUCGCGUCGGCACCAUGAUGCUGACAUUGUUGACAAUUACUUGCAACAGAGAUGGCUUGACAGGAAUAACAUCUGGUUUCGGUCUCCUGAAUCUUCUAGCGAAGAAUCGUCUUCAGAGUCAGAUGAGUCAAGGGAGUCGUCAGAAUCUAGAGAAUCUUCAGAAAGUGAUGAGUCCUCUGAGGAAGUCCUAAUCACCGAUCUGACCACCACGGCCAUGACAUCCUCCACUACGGUACACGGGAGUACGCCAACCCCCGAGCCAGACUCAAUGAGCACAAGCUUUACCACAGAAGAUGGGAGAACGCCCACCCCCGAGCCAGACACAAUGAGCACAAGUUUUACCACAGAAGACGGGAGUACGCCCACCUUUGAGCCAGACACAAUGACCACCGAUUCUGUGACAGUGACAACGCAACAGCCAGCCACACCUGACGCUGCCACAACACCCUGCAGUGUGACUCAGUGUGUUACCUUGGAGAUUCCAACUGCAGCUCCCAUCACAGAAAGCAGAGGAGACAACUAAACAGCUGUGUUUCAAACAACAACUUAACAAAAUGUGUCAUUUCAGGUCACAUUUUUGAGUCUAUUGUAGUUGCCAGGGUUAAAACUCAGUGGGCUUUCUUAAUUUUAGUACCAAAAAGGUUAACAUACAAGUACAGACAAGUUCAGCCCCAUGUUCCCCCGGCACCCAUGCAUUUUUUUUCAUUCAAAUUGGACCCUAUGUUCCCUUAGCCCGUUGUUUCCUCGGCUUGAGAGCCAGCUCUUCUGUCAGUGCCUCAUGAUUAGGAAUUACGAUGCAAGUUAUUAUGUCGCAGAUUCAUUGAAACUUUACAUUUGGUUAGGUAUAGGCACAAAAAACACUUGGUUAUGGUCAGGAAAAUAUCAUGUUUUGUCUUAAAAUAAUUGGUUUUGGGGACACAAGUCUUGCUACAAAAGAUAUGUCUCAGCUCAUGCUCUUUGUGCCACACCCAUGUAUGGUCCCUAAAGCAAUCACUCACUAAAUCACAAGUAGUUCUGUCAUUUAUUGGUGUCAAACCAUGGCUUUCAACUUCAACCUCCAAAUGACAAAAUCUGCUCAUAUACUAUGUCACUUUAGAAAUGUUGCUAUGAUACUUUUGGCAUAUGCAAAUGUACCAUAUUGGUGGUUUGUAGAAAUGCAAAAUGCUAACAUUUUAGCAACUGUGCCAAUCGCUAACUGCCUUAAGAUGCCUUAAGUCCAGUAAUGACCACUGGAUGAAAAAUUUAAAAAUGCUAUGUUGAAGUAAUUUUUUGUGCAAAAGCAGAUUUUUUCAAAAGAUGCAUAAUUUUUGGGUGUCUGACAGCUCACCUGGUAGAGUUGGCUCCUCAUGUGCAAAGCCUGUGGCCCUUAGUUGCGUGUCAUUCCCUUUCUCUCCCCCUGUCAUGCUUAAGCUAUCCUAUAAAAUAAAGGCAAAAGCAAAACAAAAAUCUUAAAAAAAACUUUUCUUUUAAAUGUACAUCCAAAUAUAUUAUUGAGAUUACACUGUGUGUUUACAUGGACAUGAAAAGCCCGUUUAUGGGCAAGUCUUUGGAGCAUUUGGUUUGUGUUUGAACAUGUAAACACCAUAUUCUCUUUAUGAGAAACCCAAAUAUGCCAGCUGGAGUGACCUUAAAGAAACUGAGAUGUAUACGAAGAAUAUGUAUAACCCGAUGUCUCUGUGCACAUGUUAACAGCUUUUGCAGAGUAUGAUCACAAUUUGGAUAGGCCUCAUGAAGAGGUUAUGCAUGUUCAUGUAACUCUACUCAUGAUUGUUUUCACUUACAGUAUAUGAUCUGCAGUGUUUCAGCCAUCAAAAUGUGGUAUUACAGAGCAACUUUAAUGGAGAGACCACUUAGAUAUGUCUGUAUGGUAUCAUUACAUAAACACGCUUAUGUUUACAUUUAAGUAUUAACUGACCAGGAAAGUACAAGCAGAAAAGUCAGGUGCAUCUUUCAAUGUGCCAGAUAUAUUCAGUGUCAGUAUUUCCACAUAGAUCUGCUCCUGAAUUAUUGUUGUACUUUGUUGUAUUUUACAUUCUUGUUACAAUUAUAAGUACUCUAUAAUGCACUGGAAUUUUGCCCGAAAAUAAAAAGUCAUUCUUCCGCA